AUGGUCUGUCUUCCCGUCUGGUCCUCGCUGGGAGAGGAGGGACCCAAUGCCCAUGACAGAUGUAUUGACCUUUAUCACAAAAGGUCUGAAGGGGUACAGAUGGUGGAGAAUGGGAGCGAUGAUGAAGUGUCUCUUGAGCUCCUCGACAGCGUGAUCCAGACCAGGUUAUCCAACCCCAACCCCAGACUUUGCCCAAAUGGUACUUACAGUGACCAGGAAGGACUGGAGGAUGUGUCACAAUGUAUUGCCUGUCCAGCUGGAAUGUACUGUUACAGUGAAGGUACAAUGCCCAAUGCAAUCUCUCAGCCUACGGGAUACUGCCCUAAAGGACACUUCUGCCCAGUGAGGACAGGCAAUCCAUUCUCUUUCCCAUGCAAACGUGGUUUUUAUCAGAGUAACUCUGCCGCAGAGGGAGAAGACAGUUGUUCACAGUGUCCAACAGGACAUUAUUGUGAUACUUCUGGUUUGGAGAAACCCAAACUUUGUCCUAAGGGCUUCUAUUGCACUCCUGAAAGCAGAGAGAAGCCACAACCAUGUGAACGUGGAACAUAUAGUAACAGUGUGGGCCUUGGAACAUCAUCUGCUUGCACACCAUGUGGAGGAGGCCAGUACUGCACUGACCUGGGAUUGACACAGCCCACUGGUUACUGUAAGGCUGGGUUCUACUGCAGGGAAAGAGCAACCACUGCGGCCCCAGUUGAUGGGAUCACAGGUGAUGUUUGCACAGCUGGAGGCUACUGCCCUGUUGGUUCAGCAUUCCCUGUACCCUGUCCAAUGGGCACAUUCAGUAAUACCAGCGGUCUGCGGAGCUCCAAGGAGUGUCUGCCUUGCCCUCCAGGACUUUACUGUUCUGGAUUAACUACCCGAGCUCCAACAGGACCAUGCAGACCAGGUUACUUCUGCACAGGUGGUGCCAGCAGUCCAACCCAGCAUAGCACCAAGGAGGGCCACUACUCGCGUGUUGGAGCAGAAAGCCCUGAGCCCUGCCCACUGGGCACUUUUCAAUCGGGACACUAUUUACAUCAGGAAGGAGCAGCAGACAUUAGCUCCUGUACACUUUGUGACCCAGGGAUGUACUGCAGUGUGGCAGGUCUUUCUGCACCUGAAGGACCCUGUCGGCCUGGUUAUUACUGUACUGGAGGUUCCAAUACUUCCAUUCCAGUGGCAAUGCCAUUUGGUGACAUUUGUCCGGCAGGUUAUUAUUGUCCUUUAGGAACCAAGCAUGCUUUUGAAAACCCAUGCCCAGCCGGGACAUGGAGUAACUUUACAGGUGCCCAAGAUAUUGCCUUGUGUCUUCCAUGCACACCUGGAUUUUCCUGCAGCCAAACUGCACUCACUCAUCCCAAUGAAUUAUGUUCUCCAGGUUUUUAUUGUAAGAAUGGAGCAAAGACCUCAAGGCCGUUGGAUGGUGAAACAGGUGAUUUGUGCCCUAAAGGUUACUACUGUCCAGAAGGUACAACAAUGCCUAUACAAUGUGAAGAUGGAUCUUAUAACAAUGCCACAGGACAAGAGAGGUGUUCAGAUUGUCCUCCUGGAUUUUACUGCGUCAAAGGACAUGAUGCUGGUUUUGUGUAUCGGCUGCUUGGACAGCCCAGCCAUUUGAUCUGGAUAACUACACAACUGCAAACUGUCUCUGCCCAGCAACAGCUACUGGGGGAAAAUGCCAGCCAGGCUUUUACUGUCCUGAGGGUAGUGUUGAGCCAAUACCAUGUCCACCAGGAGCUUACUGCAAUGACUCAGGUUUGUCAGAACCAAGUGGGAAAUGUAGCCCAGGAUAUUAUUGUGCAGGAGGAGCUAGUCAACCACAGAAUACUGAUGGUAUCACCGGUAAUAUAUGUCCCCGAGGUUCUUAUUGUGAGAUCACUCAAGGGCUGUAUGCAGGUGUCAGGCACACCAAAUGACAAGAUUAACAGAUAUCAUUACUCUGAUGCACAAUCUGAAAACAAUGCAGUAAUUCAAAAAAGUGUGCUGUUCUCAGGUCCUGGAUCAAAGAAACCAACUCCAUGUCCACCAGGAACUUUCUCUGAUGUCCAAGCACUAUCUGAUAUGUCAGAAUGUUUACCUUGUGCAGCUGGGUUUUACUGUGAAAGCCCUGGACUUACUGCACCAACUAAUCCCUGUUCUGAAGGCUUCUACUGUCCACCAGGUCAAAACAUGAGUUGGGCUUUUGUUUGUCCUGCAGGACACUACUGUCCAGAGGGAAGUCCCAGCCCUGAACUGUGUGAUUCUGGUACAUGGCAGGAUUUGGAGGGCCAGGGACACUGCAAGGCAUGUGAAGCAGGAUAUUAUUGUGACAACAGCAUUGGACCAGUUAUUGAGUUUAAAUUUUACCCAUGCCCACAGGGGUAUUAUUGCCCUGUGGGAACUCGGGCUGCGACUCAGUAUGGAUGUCCUCCUGGUACAUUUGGCCAGAGUGUACGCCUGCAGGAUAUCAAUGAUUGUCAACCAUGUUCUCCUGGGAAAUACUGUGCAUCAUUUGCAUUGAAGGCACCUUCAGGUGAGCUGCAUUUCAAUAGCCUGUGUGAGGAGCUCAUGUUGAGCUAG